AUGGCGGUAACAUUACAUUGUCUUGCUGACGUGUGUUUGAUUCCAAUUGGAACAGGUUCAGCUUCGGUAUCAGAUCAAGUCACGAAAAUCACCAAAUUAGCUCAGGAGUCUUCUCUUGAAACAACUUUACAUUCCGCAGGUACAACGAUUGCUGGACCUUGGGAUCAAGUCAUGGACUUGAUUGGUCAAAUGCAUGAAAUUUUACAUAAGGAUGGAAUUGUUCGUAUUCAAAGUGAUAUUCGAGUAGGUACAAGAAUUGACAAGUCUCAAAAGCCUCAAGAUAAAAUUGAUGUUGUUCAACGUAAGUUAAAAGAAUUGAACCUGAGCAUGGCCUAG